CGCGGCUGUCGGGCCGGGCCUAGUGUAAAACAUCUCUGGUACAAUUUGAAAGUUACACAAUGUGAAGAAAGAGUGAUUGUCAGAGCAAGGGGUCCAGCUGUUUAAAAUGCCAGGAUACAAAAGUGACUACUCUGGUGUCAUGACCGGGUAUAACGUAGUGAGAUUUGAUGUGCUUCUGAGUUUAGCGGGGCCUCAUCUGAGAAGGAAACGACUCGACUAAGGGAACCGAUUUCUGAGGGGCAAAGAAUUCCUAUUACGUUAAGGAUUUUAAUGACCAUCUUUAACUGAUGCCACCAGGAGAGGAAGACUGGCACGAAGAACUCCUUGACGACCGUAACCAUGCCAGAUUAUUAUCCUUUCAGAUAUGGACUGAACUUGUCAAAUAAUUCCACAAUGAACCCAAAUCCAUCCAUGUCCAUUGACAAUCUCUUCCCAGCUCUUUUGGAAUGCUUUGGGAUUAUCCUUUGUGGAUACAUUGCUGGGAGAGCGAAUAUCAUAACAUCCUCGCAGGCCAAAGGUUUGGGUAACUUUGUCUCAAAAUUUGCACUCCCAGCUUUGCUGUUCAAGAACAUGGUACUACUUGACUUUGCCAAUGUUGUCUGGUCUUUCCUUUGGAGUAUUCUCAUUGCCAAAGUUGCUGUGUUCAUUAUUGUCUGUGCUUUGACACUGUUGGUUGCAAGUCCUGAGAGCAGAUUCGGCAAAGCAGGACUCUACUCCAUUUUUGCUACCCAAAGCAAUGACUUUGCUUUGGGAUACCCUAUUGUUGAAGCUCUGUAUAAAAACACAUAUCCAGAUUACCUUCAAUACAUUUACCUGGUGGCUCCAGUGUCUCUCAUGAUCCUAAACCCAAUUGGGUUUGGGUUCUGCGAGGUCCAGAAGUGGAAAGUAAACAAAAACCCCCAGCAGAACAAAGUGAAAAUAGUCGGGGUGGUGUUACUUCAAGUUCUCAAAAACCCCAUUGUUUUCAUGGUCAUCAUUGGCAUUGCUUCUCACUUCAUCCUCGGCCAGAAGAUCCCAGCGGUUAUGGAGCAGUUUCUGGAUGGUCUGGCUAACUCCUUUGGUGGAUCUGCCUUGUUCUACCUCGGCCUUACGAUGGUUGGACAACUCCGGAAACUCACAAAAUCCACAUUUGUGGCACUUAUCCUCCUCAUCACAGCUAAGUUGCUGGUGAUGCCACUAAUCUGCAGAGAAAUGGUUGAAUUGCUGGACGGGAACAGCAGUUUAGUGAACCGCACUAGCCUUUCUAAUUACGCAUUUCUCUAUGGAGUCUUCCCCACUGCACCCAGUGUAGCAAUAUAUGCAAGCCAGUACAAUAUGGAAUUGGAAGUCGUUACCUCAGGAAUGGUAAUAGGCACAUUUGUUUCUGCUCCAAUUAUGUACGCCUCCGCUUGGUUAUUGACUAUUCCAUGGAUGGAUCCAAAGCCAUUAGUAUCUGCUCUCCAGAAUGUCAGUUUUGACAUAAGCAUCAUCAGUUUAGUUGCUUUGAUUUGGUCUGUGACCGUCAUGUUUCUGAGCAAGAAGUUUAAGAGGCUUCCACAUUUGUUUACUACAAACCUGUUUCUAGCACAGUUUCUUACCUGUCUGGGAAUGAUUUUGUGGAAGUUUGUCAUUAAACAAAACAACCUUAUUGGUCAGGUUCUGACUUUCAUUAUACUCUACAGCUCACUUUACAGUACUUACCUAUGGACAGGCCUUAUAGCACUUUCUUUACUGCUGUUGAAAAAGGAUGAUGAACCAAAGCUUCGAGCUGACAUUUUUAUAAUUGCAGGAUGGGGAAUUCCAAUAUUUGUUGUGGGAAUCCUUUUGAUGGCUGGACAGAAGGUGGUUGACCCCAUUGAUUCAGCUUUCUUUUAUGGAAACGAUCAGAUUAUCAGCACUUCAGUGGUCCUUUCAUGCAGUAUAUUGGUGGCUGGUGUAUCACUCAUGGGUCUCGGUCGCAGCAGGAGAGAUGCAAACUACCAGCUACUGGAUCCGACAUCAUCCUCGGGCACGUCCGAGGACCUGAGGCCUCAGAACAACCAAGAAACGCAGACUCUGUCCGAUCUGCUGUCACCAGAUGCAGAAGUGAUUAGUAAUAGAGGUUGCUGUGCCUGUGAGAGCGUAAACAGUGAGGUGAGCUGCUCUGCACAGCCCAUGCCCAACAUGAUUGUUGAUGCCCAUGCAAAUGAGACACCAGCUGUACAAACAGCCGAGUGUGUCAGUCACUGUGAGUCUCAGAUCUGCAUGCUGUCACAGGAAGAGCAGCUGCUGCACACCACCGACAGACAGCUGGCCAGACACGUGCUGCUCUGCCUCCUCCUAAUUGUGGGCCUGUUCGCUAACCUAUCUAGCUGCCUGUGGUGGCUCUUUAAUCAAGAACCAGGACGACUUUAUGUGGAGCUUCAGUUCUUCUGUGUCAUCUUUAAUUAUGCUCAGGGCUUUAUUUCCUUUGGUAUUUUUGGGCUGGAUAAACAUUUGAUCAUUGUUCCAUUCAAAAAGAGACUUGCACACUUGUGGAGAGGCAGAGACAAGGUAGAAGAGCCUGAGUCUGCAGUGCCUGAGGAGAUCAUAAUGACCUGCAGACAGUUUGUCAGCUACCACAAAGAUCAGUGUGUCAAGGAUAUCGUGCAGGAGAGAAGGUGUGGCAUAAAGACCGCUGCUGGCAUAUUCUGUGGCUGUGAUCUAGUGGACUGGCUGAUCCGUGUUGGUCUGGCGCAUGAUCGUGGAGAGGGUGUGGAGUAUGGGGAGCAGCUGUUGCAAGGAGGUGUUCUGCAGCACCUUACUGGGGAAUAUGAAUUUCGUGAUGAGAGCUUGUACUAUCGCUUCAUAAAGCAGAGGAGCCGAAUGUGAUUGUAGUACUGUAGCACUAUGAGAGCAUGGGGUCUCUGCUCAAAACCAUCAUUGCAUUUUUUCUUUUAGAAAGAGAACCAUAUUUGGAUCAGCAUAGACUAACCUCUGAUCUAUUUAUUGCCUAACUUGUGUUAAUCCAUCUUUCUGAAGCAAAAUAUGAGAGUCAAGAUAAAUAAAAAUGCAGUCCAUAGGCUUAAUGUUUUGUUAACGAACUAGUUGUAAACCAUGCAGAAUCACUGAAUUUGAGAAUUGGUUUAAUUUUUAAACUAAAUGUGUUACAUUACUACAGGGCAGCAUUCAUAUAAAGAGGGACUGUAAAAUAUUAUAGCAAUGCCAAAAGUCUAAAUGUGAAGCAUAAAUCUGUCAUGUUUCAUUUGAAAAGCACUUGCAUGUUCAUUUACAUUAUUCCCAGUAUGGUGGAAUCUUAAACUAAUACUUCCCUUGUGAAUGUUUAAAUUAUAAGUACUUAUAGAUUUUUACUUGUAACAAAUUUGCAGAUGUUAUCAAUAUGUUAAAUACUUGUACACUUUUGUCAGGUUGCAUGAUGUGGUGCGACUAUUAAUAUACCGCAUUGAACUUGAAACUGUAUGUUGCUUUUGGCCAAGAUGUUAUACUGGUUCAAAACUUAGAUUAAGCAUGUGCUACGUUAAGAUGUUUCGUGCUUGUGCAGUGUCUUAAUAAGACACUGGUGUCUCUACCAGAUUAGAGGGAAUGUGAACAAACUUGAUAUAGUCAUACUCAAGCAAGGUUUGAGUUCCAAGCUUGUCCUUUAUACUUUAAUAGCUCAGUUUUAAAUAAUAGUUGUGGACAAUAAGUCACACUUCAGAGAUACAUAUUUGCUACUGCAUGCUAUUUAUUGACGAUUGUUCUGCCCUGAAAAUUAGCUACAAAGAUAGUCCCCUGCAAUUAGAAUUUGCAUUUUUGGAAGAACUGGAUGUCACAAAACUUUCUGCAUCUUACCUGUGACAAGGCAGAGGUUAUGUUGCUAGGCACUGCCCACCAGUUACGUAAAACCAAUGCUGUAAACUUGUCAGUUGAUGGUACUAUGCUUGAGUUUAGAUCCAAAAUGACAAAACUUGGGAGUUAUUUUUGAUCCUGGAUUAACUUUUGAACCUCAUGUGCAGAAUACUGUGAAGGCAUUAUUUUUCCACCUUAGAAACAUCGCUAGGGUGCGGCCUAUGCUUUCUGCUUUUGUAGGUGAAAAGCUAGUUCAUGCAUUUGUUUUUUCAAGGAUUGAUUACACUAGGUAACACAAUUUUUGUUUCUGGGUAGUAAGUGUUUUUU